AGCCGCGGCCCUACCCUGCCCUCAACGGCCCGCGACGCUGUACCUGCCCGCACGUCUCCUCCCGCCUUGGCGCAGUGGUUGGACCCGGCCGCAACGUCACCCAUUGUUUACAAAUCAACCCGAGCCGGUAUGAUUCCUGCUACCGCGGCUGCAGCGCGCGGCACGAGUGUCAGCCGGUCUUCGCCGUUCGCGUCCUCCCCAGCCCCGGCGUCAGCCCUGGCCCCGGAUUCGGCCUCGAAUUCGACCUCAGCACCUCACUGGGCUCCGCCGCGGCCCACCGAGUCGCCAGAGACGCCCGCAGAGCUCGGGAUUCCCGGGCUGGGGACCAUGCCCUGCCAGAGGGAAGAGGAAGAGGAAGCCGGUGAGGAAGCGGAGGCGGAGGAGGAGAAGCAAGACAGUUUCCUCCUGCUGGAGCAGUCAGUGACUCUGGGCUGCUCGGGCGAGGUGGACCGGCUGGUGGCCCAGAUCGGCGAGACGCUGCAGCUCAACGAGACACGGGAUAGCCCGGCCACCCCAUGCGCACCCCCCGGGCCGCUGCUGCGGCCCCCGGCGGCGGCGGCCGCGGCCGCGGCAUGGGCAGACAAGGCCGGGCCCCCGGUUCUGCCGUCAGCGCCGGCCCAGGCGGUGGGCCCAGCACCACCGGGAGCUCUUCGCUGCGCCCUCGGAGACCGCAGCCGCGUGAGAGGCCGGGCUGCGCCCUACUUUGCGGCCGAGUUCGCCGCAGGUCACAGCGCCCUGCCAGGGCCGUGCCGCCGAGGAUGGUUGCGGAGCGCCGUAGCCUCCCGCCGCCUGCAGCAGCGACGAUGGCCCCCAGCCAGCGCGCGCGCCCAUGAAGACGACCCGCACCGGCUCCUGCAACAGCUGGUGCUCUCGGGGAACCUCAUCAAGGAGGCCGUGCGUAGGAUCCAGCGAGCUGUCGCCGUCGUUGUAGCCACAGGCCCGGCCAGCGCCUCUGGGACUGGGGGAGGCCGCAGCGGACCGGACUCCGUCGCUCUGCAGCCCUCGGGAUCCUUGCACUGACCCGGGGUCCCUGAAGUAGGAAGAAGAGGCCGCUGCACAAACCCAUCAGCGUCCUGCCCUCACCCACCCUGAGCUGAAGCCACCGUCGCCGUUCUGGGAGCGAGAGCCGAGGCUUCAGGGAGGAGUGUUGGGGGAGAUCUCCAGCCAAGAAGUCACCGGCCCCAGCGAGACUGUCGGAGAAAACUUGAACGUGGAGAAAUACACCCGCCAGGACACCUCUGUGCCGCGUGAGAACUUCCCGGCCACCUUGGGGCCAAGGACCUGGGAUAAACUGGGAGAACUAUGGCAGCUACUUUUACUGACUUGUACCUGAUUAACCCUUGGGGGUGUUCUGUUCUUGGAUUGUUUAAAGAUAGGGCCACAAGGGGCGGGAAUUCGUGAGGGCUUUAGAACAAUACUUGAAAACUUAAUGACACGAGUACAUUUUCUUUAUUUUCCGGUGGAGGAGCUUAGUGAAUAUGGUGCUACAAUUGGUGUGGAAAGAAAUUCCGUAGGAAAGAAGAAUGUAAGAGCUUGGUGGAGGGUGAUUGACAUCGCCCCCUCCCUCCCACCUAAUUAGGGGCUGGUGGAGGUGGGAGAUGUGAAGUCCAGUUAGGGGGUGGGAGGUGGAGAAUUUUGAAAGUGGGUAGAACUGGAGUUGAAUUUGGACUUUUUAAUUACUGACCUUGCCACCUGUGGUUCAAGGUCACGGUUUGCUGUACAUGGAAAGCUGUGGGGUUCCUGGGAGAGCCAACUCAUCCCCUUGUCCUUACUUCCUCUUGCUCCAAAAAGAGCCAAAUCUGUGCUUUCCUACCUGCUGGGAGUCUCCCGAAGAGACUCAGGCAGAGAGGGACUUGUGGGGAGAGUUAUUUGUUGUUGUUGGGUUUUUUUUUUUUUCUGUGCUUUCCUCUUUCCAGACUCCUCCUCCUCUCAUGAGGCCACUCUUGGCCGAGCCCUGAGCUUUCUCAGAAACGGUCAUAAACAAUCUCUUGAGUCUCUCCCCAGUUCUCCUAGCCCGCCUGUAUUGACCCACCCGUUCUGGUGUCUGCGUGGGACACGGAGCCCCUGGCCUUGUUCUGCUCCGCCUGGCCCUCUGUGGGUCCAUGGGCCUGAGCCUCCAUGGGUCCUCUCCCCUCACACAUUGCUCCUGCCACUAACCCUUCUUUGUAAGUGACUGAAACCAUCUUUAAAAUGUGACUCUGAGAGGAGAAACCGCUGGCUUUACCCUUGUGAAACUUAAUGGCACUUUGAGUGAAGUGCCACCCCCCCCCCCACCCCGCCCCAGACUUUAAGGUAGCUAAACCCAUUUUUUAAAAAAAGAUUCAAUGGCUCAUUCAUCCUCCAGAUGUAGCUGUUGACGUACACUUCGCACCGGAGUGUCUGAAAUUGUGGUGGUCCUGAUUUAUAGGAUUUCUUAAUUAAAAUGUCUGCUGAAUAAAUUUGUUUUGUUUUGGA